AGAUCAUUAGGUGUCUCAUGUGCUUCAUCAUGUUACUCAUGUAUGCUGAAGAAUAGUUAUCCGUCAAGCUACAUAGUUCCCAGUAGGCUUGUAUAAAGAGCUUGUUUUUGUUGAGGAAUUAUUGGGGAUGGUUUUGUCUCCCAGAUUUGUUUUAGCAUGAAGUUAGAGAACUAAGGUAAUUACAAAGAUAGGAUUUUGGUCCACGUUGGUUUGCUGAUAGAAUCUCUACUUCUGUGCAAUUGCAGACAGAAAAAAGAAAAAGAAGAAAGAAAGAAAUAAAGAAAGAAAGAAAGAAGAGGAAGAUUGCGUUGAACAUGGUUGUGUGGAAUGGAGUUCUGGUUUAGUGGUUAUAGAGUUGUCUUGUGUGGCCCAUGUGAGUGAGAGUGAGUGAGAGAUUUGUUUGAGCAAGAAUGAGAUCCGUAGAGGAUAAGGAGUGCUAUAACAACCAUGGACCAACUCAGGAGAUUUCUAGCAGCAGUUCUAUAAAUUUUGAGUUUCACAAAGCAAAUGGAGCUAGCCGUACCCCUCGUCAUCAAACAGCCUUAGGCAAACCAACGCCAUCAAAAUGGGAUGAUGCACAAAAAUGGCUAGUGGGGCUGUCAAGAGGACCAGACAAAAACCAAUCCAAAACCAAGCCCAGAAACUCAAAUGCAGAUGACUUGAGACUCAUAGCCCCUGUGCCACAGAAGGAGCAGGACUAUUCAAGUGGAGAGGAUGAUGGGGUAGAAGAUCAAGAAGAAGAAGAAGAAGAGGAAAAUGGAUGUGAUAGCUCUGCAAGGCCAAAUCAAUAUGAUGUGGAGACCAAGAAAGUGGACUGUGAUGACUCAGUUUGGAGAAGCAACAAACCAAUGGAAAACUCAACAGCAGCUAUGAGAUCUUUAUGUUUGAGGGACAUGGGAACAGAAAUGACCCCCAUUGCAAGCCAAGAGCCUUCGAGAACUGCCACCCCUAUUAGAGCCACAACUCCGGCGGCACGGAGCCCUAUAUCUUCAGGAUCCUCCACCCCAGUAAGGCCAUGCCAACAUGGGAUGCUAGCUAGUCAGGGCUAUCAAAAAUCCACUGAUGGCAGAAGUAGUCAUGAGGCCAAGUCUUGUGGGAGAGGGAGUGGUGCAGCCAAAAGGUAUGUAGAAGAAUCAAAUGCUUGCAAGAGUAUGCCUGAAAACCAGAACUCAUAUCAAGCUAGGAAACCAAGUCCCCUAGAAACUCGAGCAAUGGCUUGGGAUGAGGCAGAACGUGCUAAAUAUAUGGCAAGGUAUAAACGCGAAGAGGUCAGAAUACAAGCCUGGGAAAAUCAUGAGAAGAGGAAAGCUGAGAUGGAAAUGAGAAAAAUGGAGGUGAAAGCUGAGAGAAUGAAAGCUCGGGGUCAAGAAAAGUUAACAAAUAAACUUGCCGCGACUAGAAGAAUAGCUGAAGAAAAGAGGGCUAAUGCAGAGGCCAAACUCAAUGAAAAAGCUUUAAGAACUUCAGAAAAGGCAGAUUACAUAAGGAGGACUGGCCAUUUGCCUUCUACAUUCUCAUUCAAGCUGCCUUCUCUUUGCUGGUAGCAAUAUCUUUAGUACAUGUACUAGUUCUUUUUCUUUUUCUGCCACUUAUUGAAUAUGUAAUUGAGCCUUGUGGAUCUAUUGUGGAGUUUAUGAUAUUUGUUAACUGUUUGAAAAAUGCAUUUAAGGGAAGGGGUAAGUUCCUAAAAUAAUUUGUGAACACCCACCCUAUUCA